AUGGCUGAUAGUCGACAAAAAUCUGUCAAGCAACUCGUUACGGAAUUAGAAGCGGCGUCUCAGCUACAACGGCGAGGCAAAGCUUAUAGUUUUCGGUGUGAUAUUUUCGAACAUAGUGGACAACUGAUUAGUUGGAAGUUCAAUGAAUGGGAUUACGGCAAAAAUAAUAUAACUCUGCCAACUAAUGCGCGAGGACUGUUCAUCUCAGACGAUCCUGAGGACCCUACGAUUGUGGCUCGAGGAUACGAUAAAUUUUUCAACGUUGAUGAGGUUAAUGCUACCAAAUGGGAAGAGCUCGAAAGGAACACCAAGGGACCCUACGAAGUUACUGUCAAGGAGAACGGGUGCAUCAUAUUCAUAUCAGGCCUGGCAGAUGGGACACUAGUCGUAUGUUCGAAGCAUUCAACGGGUCCUCGAGAGGACUCGGACAGAAAUCAUGCUCUGGCAGGGAAAACGUUUCUGGAAGCUCAAUUAAAAGCCCUUGAUAUUGACCCCAGGGCAUUAGCCCAAAAACUUUACCAGUCAAGCCUAACGGCCGUUGCUGAGUAUUGCGAUGAUUCAUUUGAGGAACACAUCUUAGAGUACACGAAAUCAGACGCUGGACUUUAUCUACACGGCCUCAAUUACAACCAACCCACGUUCGCCACGCUACCGACUAUUGAAGUCCGCAAAUUUGCCGACGAAUUUGGGUUUAAGAAGAUUGAAUAUUUGGUUAAACCAGACAUUUUCUCACUUAGAAAGUUUUUGGAAAGCUGUUCAGAGACUGGUUCUUACCAAGGUCAAGAGAUUGAAGGUUUUGUAAUAAGAUCCAAGAUCUUGAAUGGAGAGGCGUUUUUCUUCAAAUUCAAGUUUGAAGAACCUUACUUGAUGUACAGACAAUGGCGGGAGGUUACUAAAGAGUAUAUCCUAUCCAAAUCGCGUGUUUUCCGAUUCAGAAAGCACAAAUUUAUCACAAAUAAGUAUUUGGACUUUGUCAUUCCUAUUCUCGAUUCAAGUCCAGAUAUCCGUGAAAAUUAUCUCAAGGACAUAGGAAUUAUCAGCAUGCGUAAGCAAUUCUUGGACAGUUAUGGCCUAUCUGGGCUCGAAAUUCUCAAUCACGAAAAGGUCAGGGAACUUGAAAUGCGUAAUGCUGUGGAUUACGACAAAGUUGAUAAGAACACAAAAUUUAUCAUAAUUCCCAUUGCAACUAUAGGAUGUGGGAAAACUACCACGGCCCUUACUUUGAAGAAUCUUUACCCUGAAACUUGGCAGCAUGUUCAAAAUGAUGACAUCACUGGAAGAGACAAGUCAAUGCUAAUGAAGAAGUCUUUGGAGUUGUUGGCUCAAGACGGCGUGAAAUGUGUAAUCAUUGACAGAAACAAUCACCAAUACCGUGAACGAAAGCAGCUUUUUGAAUGGUUUACUGAAUUAAAAGAAGACUAUCUACCCUAUGAUUGCAAUGUGAAGAUAAUAGGUGUAAGUUUUCUCUCGUACGAAGACGUCGAAGAUACCACCAGUAUAACAAUCAAGCGGGUCAUGGCUAGGGGAGACAAUCAUCAAAGUAUCAAAGCCAUCAGUGAUGGCCAAAAGAAAGUUUUGGGUAUCAUGAAUGGGUUUUUGCAAAGAUACCAGCCCUUGAGGGCCGACGCCAGUCCUGAUUGCUCAUUUGACUUUGUUUUACAGUUGAGCGUGAAAGAAGAAAAUUCGUCACUUCUCAAUGCAAAAAGAAUUUUGACAGCAUUGCAUAAAGAGUACGCUGUCCUUGUUCCGAAAUUGCCUUCUGAUUCAGAGAUCAAUAGUGCCUUCGAGCAGAGUUUGCAUUAUCGUCCUACUAUCACAAAGAUAGUCAAAGGGCAAGAUAAAAAGGAAUUCAAGCACAAACCCAUUUAUUUUUCUGCAGAGGUAUCCGACGUGGAUGGUUUCAUUAAAAAUCUAUCUCAGCUCGUGGAGAGCUCAUCGAAUGGCGUUGACACGACAGUUUUCGAAAAAGUUAUAGAAGAGGGCAGAUGUCAGAAAUCUCUUCACAUUACGCUGGGCCACGUGAUAUCGGGACGGAAGGGUACGAAAAAGCAGAAAGACCUGUGGUGUGAAUAUAAUAAACGCUAUUCUGGGUAUCUUUUGAAGUCGAACAGCACGGUUUCGAAAAGCUUGAUUAAAACGUCUGACUUUGUAAAUUUCAAGUUGGACAAACUUAUCUGGGAUGAUAAAAUUAUGGCCGCGCUAGUUCUAUUGGAUGACGAAUGCGUUUUCGACGAGAAGACUCAAACGCCGGUUCCCCAUUUAAGCUGCGCUAAUGAAUAUUCGCACAUAACGGUCGCCUUGCUUCAACCUGGAGUCAAGCCAUUUUACUCCAAUGCUUUAUGUCAGGCGGUCACGCGCGAACACGGUAACGUUGCUGGUAAUCAUCCGGAUGGAACGACUAGUGUCAUUUUCAAAGACGCUCCUACACUAAAUGCCAGGGUUUGCAUCAACAUCUAA